GAGUCACAAGUCCCUCAGGCCCACAGCCGGAUCAUCAUCAAGGUCUUCUCAAGGAGAUGAAGGCAGCUGGAGAGCCAACCCCGGACCUCGGGCAGACCCUGGAAUGGCUGAGACGGGAGCUGUCCGAGAUGCAGAUCCAAGACCAGCAGCUUCUGCUCACGCUGAGACAUCUUCACGGGGUCCUGGAGGAGCUGCGAGCCGAGAGCGCCCGAUGGGAGGAGGCGCGGUCCAGCGCCGGGACCAGCCCUGCUAGAGCCCGGGCGGGCUCUGAAGGCCGGGGCUGCCAGCCGGUGUCCUUGCGGGGGCUGGCCCAGCUCCUCCGAGGGGAAGAGAGCAGGCGAAGCUCCCUUCCGUAA